CCCUCACCUGGGACCACAUAGAUCAGGGACCUUUGUCUGGUCUAGAGGGAUGUUUGCGACAGCAUCUCCUCAUAGCCAGGACCAUUUGAUGCCGCAAACAACCUCACGUUUCAUUACUUUGUAAAUCCAUAAGACAAAAAGCUCUCAGGGCGUUGGUGGAAUCUCCUUCCUGUGUUGCUUAGAAAACCGGUGGGAUCUUCUUAUCUGCAUCCAUCAGGAUAGUCCAGAUUAAAAUGUUCUUGUUGGAGCAGUGUUUCCCAAAUUGGGAUUGCUGCCCUACACGUUUUAGGUGUUUCCCGUACGCCAUACACAAGUUGAUGAUUUCAAGGCUUUUGAAAUACUUGGUGGCAUGCAGAGGAUGUAAUCAUUUGAGUCGAGAGUUUUGGGAAAGAUGCAUCUAAAAUAUGCUGGGCAGUGGUCCCUGAGAGCACAAAACUGCCUUCCACAUUUCACCCCUACCGAGGAACAUUAUUCAGAAUUGGAAAUGACCAGGAACAUCGAAAUCAGAGCAUCACUAGAAAUUGUAUACAUAUGAACGCUUUUAAAAAAGAAAGCCCCAAAAUUGAACAAAAAAAAAAUCUGAAAAUUCCUAUUUUGAAAUGAUAAACAUAGCAGAAAUCCUGUGCGAAGCUGUUCUAUAACCAGCCACACCCUUUUCAACUGUUUCAACUCUGACUCCGCCCCAUUAUAAUUAGCCCCGCCUCCACGUUAAGCCCCGCCCCUCGUUCCUCCGCGUCCCACUAAAGCGAUUUCAGCUCCUGAAGGGAUUCUGCCCCGCGUUCACGGAUGGCAACAUGGCGACAGAGUUCCAUAACCUGCAGGAGUUGAGGCACAGCGCGUCUCUCGCCAACAAGGUGUUCAUCCAGAGGGACUACAGCGAAGGGACCACAUGCAGGUUUCAGACCAAGUUCCCGUCUGAGCUGGAGAGCAGGAUUGAACUGACUCUGUUUGAGGAGACUGUGAAGACACUGAACAACUUCUAUGCAGAAGCAGAAAAGAUUGGAGGCCAGUCUUACCUGGAGGGCUGUCUGGCGUGUGCCACGGCUUAUCUCAUCUUCCUCUGCAUGGAGACUCGCUACGAGAAGGUGUUGAAGAAAAUAGCAAAGUACAUUCAAGAGCAGAACGAGAAGAUCUAUGCUCCCAGAGGUCUGCUUAUCACUGAUCCCAUCGAAAGGGGAAUGCGUGUUAUUGAGAUAUCCAUCUACGAAGACCGAGGUUCCAGUGGCUCCAGCUCCGGCAGCAGUUCGGUGUCUGGCAGCACCGCUCGAUGACUGGGCGCAGAGCUCUCCCUGCAGGAAAACUUAGGACAAUAACAGCACUCGCGUUCCAACGGCCUUCACAUCCCAUUUACAUUCACACCAAGCACUCGCCAACCUCCAUGACAAUGUUUGUCACCUUGACCUGUCAUCACACAGUUGUUCCACAGUAGCCUAAACACGCACUUUAGCCGUCUCAAAGAUGUAAACACGUAACAAUGCACCUCAGACAGGACUCACCCACUCAGUGCAACAGUAAGGAAUCAAGAUAAAGCAAGUGUCCCAACAAGGUACAUAUGCUUUUUUUGCACCACGUGACAUGACGCCAAUGCAGUUUGCUGGCUAAAGAAAACCAAAUUUAUGCUUAAUUGUUUUUAAUGAACCAGUUAAGAACAAUUCCUUGUGCAAAAACCAGAUCUGUUGUAGCAUUGGAACCAACCUGGGGGGGGGAAAUCCCUAUUGGUUUUCAGAGAUGAUGCUGUACCUUUAACAUUAGACGAAAUGUGACCUCGUUUGCUCAAUGGGACCGUUCGUUUACCUUCCUGUUCCUUUAAGAACUAUCCUUUACGAUCUAUGAAUGGGAUCUGUUGUCUACAUAUACAGCUACAAUUUCUCAAUCUUUUCUUUCUGCCCUCAAAACAAAAAGAAAGAAAGAAAGAGGUGCCAAGCCAAGAAGAACCAUAAGCUUCACUAAACCUUUAUACCUCAACUAACAUCCAGUAGGUACACAACAAAGCCCAGAUCCCUCGCCAAUUAAAAGGCUUUACUGAACUCAUUCAAAUCAACUCUUCGCCGUAGGAAGGUUUUUUUUUUUAACGUCAGGUUUUCUGUUAUUCAACCUGACUCCAGAGGUAGCUGUAUUCAGUGUGACGCCACGCUAAAGUUCACUUGCCAAAAGCUCAGUUAACCAGGGUCGAGCAUUUCUUCCUGUUUUACCUCUGAUGUUUUCCACACUGCCUGAAAGCAGAUGAAUGUCAACCCACUCUAUAAUGUAGCAUACCUUCUGUAUUUUUCACUCUUACGCCUGCAUUUACUUUGCUGGACAUGAAGACACCUGCAAAAAUACGAGAACUACCCUGUUCAGUUUUAGCGAGAGAGGCAGACUCUUCCUAAGUGUAGAUUAUGCAAGGGCUCACUGUGAGUUAUGUCUGGAUGUAAGGAGAGAAAGAAUAGGUCAAAACGUCUUCCAGAAUAUUACUUUGUCAUUUUGAAAAUACACCUGCCCUUCCUUGAUUCAAACUUCCAAAGAACCGUAACUGCCAAAAAGAAAACAAACAAACAAACAAACAAACAGAUUCUCAUAAAUGUGAAUGUCACUUUUAUUUUCAUGAUGUUUUCAGAAAGUACAAGAUUUCAUACUGCUUGUUUGCUACAUGUGGCAUAAAGGUCAAACCAAAAGGUGUGGAAUAAACUGUUUCAUCACAA